UCUUUUUUUAUUAUAUAAAAUUCUAAAUUCUCUCUCUCACUCUCUCCUGUCUGCUAGCGGUUCCUUUGCCGUCUCGAUCGGAAAGUUUUCAAGUCUGUGAGCGCACUGCACAAUAAUUCUCUGUACCAUUAUCCGGAGAAUCGUCUUGAAUGAAGCGUAGCCGAAACUGAUUCUUCUUCUUCCUUCUGUCUUUCUCAAUCGGCGUGCAAAAAUGGAGGUCCAAUAUCAAGAGGAAUACUUGAGGAAUUCCAGAGGAAUCCAGAUUUUCACUUGCCGAUGGAUUCCGAGGCUUUCUUCUCCGAAGGCGCUGGUCUUCCUCUGCCAUGGAUACGGCAUGGAGUGCAGUGGAUUCAUGAGAGGGUGUGGGCAUCGGCUGGCCACUUCGGGGUACGCAGUGUUUGGGAUAGACUAUGAAGGACAUGGACGAUCCAGUGGAGCUCGUUGCUACAUCAAGAAGUUUGAUAACAUAGUUGCUGACUGUUAUGCCUUCUUCACUUCCAUUGCUGUUGAGGAAGAAUACAGAGACAAGUGCAGGUUCUUGUACGGAGAGUCAAUGGGUGGGGCUGUGGCCCUUCUUCUGCACAAGAAAAAUCCCAGAUUUUGGAAUGGUGCUGUUCUUGUAGCCCCAAUGUGCAAGAUAUCCGAGAAGGUAAAGCCGCACCCUUUGGUUGUGAAUCUGUUGACAAGAGUAGAAGAAAUUAUACCCAAAUGGAAAAUAGUCCCAACAAAGGAUGUCAUAAACUCAGCCUUCAAGGAUCCCAUAAAGCGAGAAGAGAUAAGAAGCAAUAAGUUAAUAUACCAAGACAAGCCCAGGCUCAAAACAGCCCUUGAGAUGCUAAGAGCGAGCAUGAGCCUAGAAGAUAGCUUACACGAGGUAACACUCCCAUUCUUCGUUUUACAUGGAGAAGCCGAUAUAGUGACAGACCCAGAAGUAAGCAGAGCAUUAUACGAGAAAGCAGGCAGUAGAGACAAGACCAUAAUAUUGUACCCAGGAAUGUGGCAUGGGUUGACAUCAGGAGAACCAGAUGAGAACAUCCAAAUCGUAUUCUCAGACAUCAUAAAUUGGCUGGACAAGCAUACCGAAGGGGAUAUGGCAGGGUUUCAACUUCAGUCGACUCGCUCAAAUGGUAAUGGCGUCGAUGAGAGAUUCAAUGGCCAGAAGACCACAUUUAGCAAUCGAAAAGAGGGUCGAAAAAGUGGUAGUUAUCUCUGUGGUUUGAAGGGGCGGUUGCAAUCCGCGAUGUAG